ACACAGUAAGAAGGUUAUAUGACUCGUAAAUAGUGCGAAAAAAUUCCUAGCAAAGAGUUAGAUGUAAGUUUAACGACAAUACCAUGAAGGUUAGGCUAUAUAAAUUAGGCUAGAAAAAUAGGUAAUUAAAACAUUUACUAAUUGCAAAUGAUAUCAUAAGUGACUUAAUAGAAUACCACAAGAAACCAAAUGUGCAAGGAAAAACAGUCAAGUUUCUAAAACACAAAGGACCACCCAUACACCGUGACCCAUCCUCAGGUAAGCCACACCUUGUCACUUUUAAAGAGAAAUUCAACCACAUUCCACCUGCGUGUCUUCUGCCUCAUCCUUUGAAUGAGCUUUACUUUCAUAUCAUCCAAUAAACUACUCUACAGAACUGUCAGUGGCUUUAUUUGAACAUCGGUCACCCUGAGCCUUAUUUUGAGCUGCACCUGCCCGCUCACUGGUAAUGGAGAAGGAGGCGGCGGCGCAGCAUGCAGCGGAGCCGGCAGAUGGUGCACCGGGAGGAGCUCAGCCGCCAGACCGCACAGCUGCCUGUUGUCAUGGAGGAGCAAAGAUGGCGGUCCUGGCCUAUAGCCUGGGCAAACGCGAAAUAAAUCAACAUUUUACCGUUAAAAAUGCCAAAUUAAUAUCGCUGGUAGUCGUUUUUUUACUCGUCGUGUUUCACACAGCUUCGCGGUACUAUGGAGGCGGAGACUCAUGUGAAUGGCUGCUGUCCAGAGGACGUUACUUGGGGGAGAACGUAUGGCAGCCGCAUGGCUGCAUGAUGCACAAAUACAAAAGCAUCGAAGCUGAAAAAUGCCUUGCUCAAAAGCGAGUAGCCUUCAUCGGUGAUUCACGAAUCAGGCAGCUAUUUUACUCCUUCAUCAAAAUUAUUGAUCCUGGGCAAAGAGAAGAUGGAAACAAGCACAAGGACAUUUCCUUUGAAGAUGAAAGCUCCUCUGUUCAUGUGGACUUUCUGUGGCAUCCAGAGGCAAAUAAUUCAAUGAAGGAUCGCUUGAUAUCAUGGACAUACGAAGGUUCAGCAAAGCCCGAUGUCAUCAUCCUUGGAGCUGCCACGUGGUCCAUCAAGUUGCACAGUGGCAGCAGCGAGGCCCUGCAGCAGUACAAAGCCAAUCUGACGGCUAUUGCUGUUCCUCUGGAGAAGCUGGCUGACCACGGAGAGGUCUACUGGGUCCUGCAAGACCCAGUAAAUGAGGAGGUACUGAGUGACAACAGGAAGAUGAUCACCAACCAACAGCUAGAUCUGUACAAUGAAGCGGCGGUGGAUGCGCUCAACAGCAGUAAGCGUAACAGCAGGUCCCGGGUCAAGCUGCUGGUUGCGACUCGCCAGGCUGCACUGCAGACCAUCUCCCAGUCAGACGACGGUUUGCACCUGCCUGAGAGCACACGGAAUGUGGGGGCCACGAUCCUCAUGAACUCUGUGUGCAACAAAGUGUUGAGGCCCAUUGACGGCUCCUGCUGCCAGAUGUUGCCACCCCCCAACUUCUUCCAGAAACUGUCAGCAUGUUUCUUCCUGGGCUCGGCUGUGGUUUUCCUGGUCCUACACGUACUUGGCAACAACCGCCACCGCCGACCUGUGCCCCCUGAUGUGGAGAGUCUAGAGGAGAAGAAGCCAACAACCGCAGCUGUACCCCUGGGUCAAAAGGCAGCUUUCCAGGCCCUGUGUAGGAUGGGGAUCAUCAUGGGAUACUUCUACCUUUGUGACAGGGCAGAUGUGUUCAUGAAAGAGCAGAAGUUCUACACACACUCCACAUUCUUCAUCCCUCUCAUUUAUAUUUUUGUCCUGGGGGUGUUCUACAGUGAGAACAGCAAGGAGACCAAAUUACUCAAUCGAGAGCAAACAGAUGAGUGGAAGGGGUGGAUGCAGCUUGUUAUCCUUAUCUAUCACAUAUCCGGAGCCAGUGCUUUCAUUCCAGUGUACAUGCAUGUGCGUGUGCUGGUGGCAGCAUACCUUUUUCAGACUGGCUAUGGACACUUUUCCUUUUUUUGGCUCAAAGGAGACUUUGGCCUGUAUAGAGUGUGCCAGGUGCUUUUUCGUCUGAACUUUCUGGUCCUAGUUCUGUGUGUGGUAAUGGACAGACAAUACCAGUUCUAUUACUUUGUCCCAUUAGUCACCUUCUGGUUUGUCAUCAUCUACGCCACGCUGGCCUUAUGGCCUCAGAUUCUCCAGAAGAGAGCCAACGCUAGUGGCAUGUGGCACCUUGGGGUCUUGGUGAAGUUAUUGGCCCUCCUGCUCUUCAUCUGCUUGUUUGCUUAUUCACAGGGUUUCUUUGAGAGUAUCUUUUCCGUGUGGCCCAUCUCCAAGCUUUUUGAGUUAAACGGAAGUAUCCACGAGUGGUGGUUCAGAUGGAAGCUGGACCGAUUUGCGGUGAUACACGGCAUGUUAUUUGCCUUCAUCUAUCUGGUGCUUCAGAAGCGACAGGUGCUGUCAGAGGGCAAAGGAGAGGCCCUCUUCUCUGCCAAGAUUUCCAACCUGCUUCUCUUCCUCUCUGUCAUCUCCUUUAUAACGUACUCAAUAUGGGCCAGCAGCUGUAAGAACAAAACAGAGUGCAAUGAAAUGCAUCCUUACAUCUCUGUGGUGCAGAUUUUGGCCUUCAUUCUAAUCAGGAACAUUCCUGGCUACGCCCGCUCUAUAUAUAGCUCAUUCUUUGCAUGGUUUGGAAAGAUCUCCUUGGAGCUGUUCAUUUGCCAGUACCACAUCUGGCUGGCUGCAGACACCAAGGGAAUUUUGGUCCUGAUUCCAGGGAAUCCAACGCUCAACAUCAUGGUCAGCACCUUCAUUUUUGUUUGUGUAGCUCAUGAAAUUUCCCUCAUCACCAAUGACCUUGCCCAGGUGGUCAUCCCCAAAGACAGCAUGGCCCUGCUGAAGAGACUGGGGGUCGUGGGGUUCUUCACUCUGGUUGUACUGCUGCUUUCCAGGGGCAGCAAGCCAAUGCCCGGUGCCUGAUAGAAACCUCUCGGUGGGUGUGGCGGCGGAGCAGACUCACUAAGCCCCCGCUGGGUUUGAGGUGCGGUGCAGAUCCAAGCCCGGAGCACGCCCAGUCUUUUAAGGCUAGUGGUGGCCACAAGAGACAACCUCAGAAGUGUUGAGUGACAGCACAUGAACUUGUGUGAGGACAGUGUCUCCCUGCUGACCAAGAUUAAGCAGACUCUGUACUUUUUGACUGCUGUGAAAGUCGCACACUGAAGAAAAAUGCUCAAAAAAGGGGGACUUGCUCCUUUUCAGGGCAAAGUGCAAAUUGCAAGAGAGGAAAAAAAAAUAACGAAAUGCUCAAAACGUUUACAUUAUCCGAAUAAGACAGAAGAGCAAUCUGGGACAAACUUGGACAGGAGGAGAUUUAUUUAAAACAAAAAGAGGGCCUUCUCAUUUCGAGACCUCAUACUUGCUGUGUGAAUUUUUGCAGCAUUGCUUCUCCCAGCCAAACACGCUAAUAAGGAUUUAGUUACAUACAGUACUUCCUGUCAUUGCUUCACUCUGGAAGGGAUCACUUGGCACACACUCCGUCCACAUGUGGCAGUAGCAGUUGAAAGUGUUUCACACAGGUGGAUCCAUAACCGACAUAUUCAGAUAUCUACUCAUUUACGACAAAAUGCUCAAGUGCGCUGCAUUUUAUUAUCAAUAUUACUUUGUACAGUAUUUCUGUUGACUGUAAAAUAGUAUUAGGUAUCUCAAUAUGCAAAAUAUGGACCAACAACUGGCGUGGGUGAUCAAAAACUGUUGAGACUAAAUUCAAAUUUGGAGUGCAAUCGUUAUAAUGUUGGAAUACCCUUCGGCUUAUUUUUGCUAAUGUUUUUUGUGAGUACUUUUAGAAAUAUUUGCCUUGUGCUGAAAGGUCCGUGGUCACCUGCUGUAUCUCAGAAAUUCUAUGUGAUAUGUACAGUAUUUAAUGAUUUAAAUUAAGCUUAUAUUUUGUAUUUUUUUUUUUUUUGGCUUCAUUUUAUACUUUGCGCCCAUGACUGCUGUUUGGUGAAGGAAGUAUUACAUAGAUCAAUUUGUACCCAUCCCAGCAUCUUGUACACCAUUACCUGCCUCAGAGACACAUUGCAGAGGUUGAGCCUUUACAGUCUGACGCCCACCUGUCCUAUUAGCAGUCAGUUCAUAGUCGGUGUAUAUUUGUACGAUAAAGUGAGAAUUAUUUUAUACAGCCAUGCUUCCACUGUGUUUCUCGUCAUGCCUUGUAGCAGUCUGACAGAAAACACGCUGGGUUGCAGAUAUUCUUGUACAAUAGAACUAACAGCUACAAAACACACCCUCCCUUUGUUGUCACAACCAGUAAACUUUUUGGUCAAUACUGUGUUCACAGUCUUAAGGUACUUGGCAUCAGGGCCACGUUGACAUUUAAAAAAUGACUACUUGGUAAAGCACUGACUGAUCUGAGAAGACAUAUUACUGUUGCUUAAAUGAAAAUGUUGUAUAUUUUGUCAACUGACAAAUGGAUGAUGUCUCCGUUAUCUAUUUAUCCUCACAGACAUUGAAGAGCGAUUAGCACUCUGACAUGUUUAAGGAGUUCAAUUUGGUAUAAGUGUUUUCAUUGGAGGUCUAAGCUUUAUUGAAUAUGAAUUUUGAGACACAUAUUUCCUCUGUAAUGGGAUAAUAACAGAUUAGGGUGUUAAUUAUUUUCUAUGAACUGAUGUUGCUUCUCUUUCAAAGGCAAAACGUGGGUCCACAAAAACAUCUUUAAUUUUAACGUCAGUGGAACAACCUCUCGUCAUUUAUCUCAUGAUGUACAGUUCAGGUUUUUGUUCUCAAGCCAAUUAUAAAUUUGUAAUUUCUAUAAUCAGUCAUCACCUCAUUUUAGAGAUGGGAAUGGCAUUUCCAUGUUGCAGUUUCCCUUGGUGUGUAAAGUUUACUGAUCCUCUUGUCAUGUUAUUACUGAUCAACAGCUAUGAAUUUGGUAAUUAUUUCAGGCCUUAAUUGAUCUUUUUGGUCAUGUAAAAGCAACAACUAUUUAUACCCCUGUGCAGGGCCUCUGAAAUAUGUUAUAUGUAAAUAUUUUGUGAUGUCUUAAAAAUGUGAAAUGUAUCCAUAUUAUUUAUAAAUGCCUUUAUUCCCUUAUACAUUGUUAAUAAUACUUUCAUAAAAUGUGCUGUUUUGGG